AUGAAGCCAGGUUCGAGUUUUCUGAGGAAGACUCGAAUCAUAUAUAGUGAUCCUUAUGCUACAGAUUCAUCGACCGACGAAGAAGAGAUGAAAAAAAGGAAGAAUCGAAUUCUGGGUAUCAAGCGAUUUGUCAAGGAGAUUACUCUUUCAGCUGUUCCCAUCGAUUCUUCGGAAGACAAUGGCAAAAGACGUCGAAAAUCUAGCACCAUGUCCACGGGUGUUCGACAAAGGCCUUCGGGAAAGUUUGCUGCGGAAAUUAGAGACCCCUUCACCAAGAAACGUCAAUGGCUUGGCACUCACGACACUAUCGAGGAAGCUAUCGCUGCUUAUCAGAAAAGGAAAAGCGAGUACACGAUUAUGGCGACCAAGGAGAAUAAGAAUUCAUUGUCGGCUCCGCCAUCUCUUUCUUCGGUGCUCAAUGUUCAAGUCAAUGCCAUUGAAGCAAGCCAUGAGAAGGAAACAAUGGGAGAUCAGUACGUAGUGAAGAAAACCGUGAAAGAAUACAAAUUUGUCCAGCAAAGGAAAACUAAAGUGGUCGAAAAGGUAUCCAUUAAAGAUCUGUGGAAGGAUGAGGCAUCGAUUACAGGGUUGUGGGAACCUCCAUCGGCUUCGGAUUCAUGGGACGAGCUCUUCGGACAGUAUGGUCUCGAGAAUCAUAUGUCUAAUCUUCAUAACCAUCUUCUGUUGAACGACAAUGGCGUCGACGACCGGCUGGAGAACGUUGAGUUGAUUGAUUUGCCUGACAUGGAAAUAGACAAUGAGUACAUGGCUUGGGCGGAUGAAAUUCUAACAACUGAAGUUGAUUUUUGUAGAUACGAGGUACUAUUAGCCCAAGUUAAAUUUUAG